ACCGCCGUGAAAAGGGGGGGGAAAGCGGUAAAUCGAGUAGCGCACAAAAAAAAGUAAGAGAGUGAAAUUAUUCGUUCUCCUCCGAAGACGAACGGAACCUUCGUCACAGUUUCUCUCCGACGUCGGCCUCGUAGACUGUUGAAAAGGAUUGAACUUUACCAAGUAGAGAUCAUACUAGAGGGGAGAGACUCAAAGCUAGAACAUUAAUGGAAGAGACCAACCGUGAUGGUGAUGGUGAUGGUGAUGGAGAGCUUUAUCCAUCUGGUGUCGAACAGAUGCCACGUCACCACGGUGAGAAGAGAAAGAGGGAAGGAUUGGUGAGUGGAGAAAGAGAGGCUGAAGAAGUUAUUUUAGUUGGUGACACCAAGGCUAUAAAAAAAUUUGGUUUUGAUGGAGGAGAGCAGUCUUCUCAGUCUCAGAUGUCUUUGUUUAGCAAGCGACAGGCUUUUGAGGUGCAAAACAACAUGAAUCUUAAAGGGUCUUUGGUAAAAGAAGAAUCAGGAGAAGAGCCAGCGAGAGCAAAGCAGGAUUAUUCAACUUUUAAUGACUUUGAUAGGCUGAGGGAAGUAAGAAAUUUCGCAGUUGGUCAGACAUGGGCUCUUUAUGAUGAUAAAGUGGAUGGGAUGCCUAGACUGUACGCUCAGAUCACAAAAGUCUCAGCUCCCGGUUCCUGUCUUAGCGUCACAUGGCUUGAGCCUGACCCAGAUGACAAGGAAGAACUACAGAGCUACGAAAAAGACUUGCCUGUUUCCGUUGGUUGGUUCAAACUCGGGAAAAGCGAGGACAUAAAAGAUCACAGAAGGUUCUCUCAUCUUGUUCAUUGCAACGAAGGAAGCAGCAGCGCAGGUAGAAGAUUCAGCGUUUACCCCAGAGAAGGAGAGACAUGGGCUAUCUUCAAGGGUCGCUACAAACACUCCUGGAGCUACCGGGACAUUGACUGGUCAGCUGAUCCCGAUUCUCACCGUAAAUACAACUACGCAUUUGUCGAAAUCGUGCCAGAAGAAGAUGCUCAUAUAUCUGCUGAUGCACCUGUUGGAUUCCUCCAUAAAGCAAAAGGCUUUACAAGUGUAUUCUGUCGCUUUGCUAAGGAAGUAGCUAAAUCUUACAUUCGUAGUGGCUACACAGAACAGUUCUCCCAUCGUGUUCCGUCGUUUAAGAUGACUGGAGUAGAAGCAGAAGGUGUUCCUCCUCGAGGUGCUUAUGAGCUGGAUCCAGCAGCGUUACCAGAAAACAUCAAAGAGAUUGACGUCCCUUUACAUCUACUAGAGGAGCCUACAGUGUCAAACUCUGAGGAGGAUAACACACAUUCUCAAUGUGUAUACUUUGCUAGUAAAGGAAUAACUUUUCAAACAGGGCAAGUCUGGUCAUUCUGCAGCGGUGACGAUAACUUUCCCCGGUUCUAUGGCAAGAUUCAGAAGAUCACGUUUGUUCAGGCCUUUGAGCAAGACCCUGUAGUUAAAUUGAAUAUAGGUCGUCUUAAGGCUAGACCUAUCAAAGGCGUGAUCCAGUGGAUUGACAAGGAGAUGCCCAUCGGCUGUGGGAACUUCCGGGCGAGAAAAGUUCUCGAGAUAUUCACUGAUCUUGAUUUGUUUUCACGUCUGGUAAGCCAAGACUCCUCUGGAGAUGGGGAUGAUUACAGCAUCAUGCCCAAGGCUGGUGAUGUCUGGGCAAUAUACAGAAACUGGAGUGAUGGCAUCAAAGUCGCUGAUCUUCAAUCACAGAGUUAUGAUCUUGUGGAAGUUCUUGAUGAUAAAAUGGACUACAAGGUUUUGCUCUUGGCUCCUGAUGGUGGCUUUGAAUCAGUUGAUUCUAAGGGUUGUGGUUCGGUGUAUGUGGCUGCUGCUGAGCAUUGGAUGGAUGGCGAGGACGUGAGAUUCACGAUUCCGAAAUGUGAACUGCUUAGAUUCUCGCAUCAAGUUCCUACUUCGAAAGUAACAAAGGAGAUGCAUGGAGCUUUGCAAGAAGUCUAUGAACCUAGUUUCGAGGUAUUGCCUGUUAAGUUGAUUCUCUGACUUGUAGAGCUGAGACAACACAGUGAAAAGGAAGAGCAAAGAUUGACCUUUUUUAUGAUGAAGUCACUGAACUUUCUUCAGGUUGAGUAGUCUCUUGAUUCAUUGUUAACUCCCUUAUCUAUAAAGUAGGAGUUAUCUGUAGUUUGGUGUGAAACUGUGUUUUUGUGGUGAAUUAAUCCUUACGUUGGCCUUUAGGUGUGGUUUCAUAUUAGUUGAAAAACAAGACUAGAAACGUUUAAUGUUCAAAACUUUUUG